GCAUUAACAGUCGUUAGCUCAAAGAAAAUAGACGUAAAAGUCAGAAGUGAUUCUUUAGUGAAAAGAAAAAAGCGUAUUAACAAUAAACAAUGGCAGAAAAACCAAAGCGUCCCCUUUCAGCAUAUAUGUUGUGGCUCAACGAAGCUCGCGACAAGAUUAAGCGCGAAAAUCCUGACUUCAAAGUAACGGAAAUCGCAAAGAAGGGAGGUGAAUUAUGGCGUAACAUGAAGGAUAAGAGCGAAUGGGAGGCCAAAGCAGCUACAGCCAAACAAAACUAUAUCAAAGCACUCCAGGAAUAUGAGCGCAAUGGUGGCGGUGGAGAAGAGAAAGGAAGCAAGAAGCGCAAGGGAAAAGCAUCAGCAAAAACUACAAAGAAAAGCAAAAAAGGAGCAUCAGAAGAUGACGAAGACGAAUCAGAUUAAAUCAAUUGACCUCAGGCCAUUAUUGGGAUCCUAAGAUCCGGAAAAUUUUGGAUCUCAAUAUUUAAAAUAAUUAUCAAGCGACCCACAGCUCCACAGAACCUCAUUAACUCUCAUUGAAAUGCUUGUCGUUUUUUCAUAAUUUUAGUGCAUAAACAUAAUUUCAAUCUACCUUUCAUUAUAUUUAAGAAAAAUAAUUCUCGUUGUUUCAGUGAGAAUUAACAAAAAAAAAUUAAAUGAAUAAUUAAUAUAAUUCUUAUUAAUCUUAGAAAAGGUAAAACAAAAACUUUAACAAUAAUACAAAAUACUUUUUUUUGUAGGAAUUAAUAUUUGACGCUUUAUUUUUUGUGUAGUAGGAAAAAUUUGAAUAAACAAAAUGUACAAAUUACA